AUGAAUGUUGAUCAACAUGUCCCUGAAAAUGGUGUCCAAUUCCAACCUGAACAACCUGCUCCUGUUCCAAAUAAUCCAUCUAAUGGUAAUGAGGAAGAACUGGUAGCACAACGUAAGUUAACCUCUAAUGUGUGGCCUCACUUCCACAGAGUUAGGAUUAAUGGGGUAAUGAAAGCUAGGUGUAAGUACUGUCGUAAACCCCUUGGUGGGGAAACAAGUAAUGGUACUUCACACCUGAGAAACCAUAUCAAAACAUGUAUCCAGAAGAGGAUACAUGAUGGUUCUCAAAAAAUACUUGGCCCCAACUAUCAACCUGGUGGAAAUCCUCAACUUUCUGCUUCUCAAUACAAUUAUGAGGUUUCUAGGAAUGAACUUUGUUCUAUGAUUCUGGUCCAUGAAUACCCCCUUAGCCUUGUUGAUCAUGUGGGUUUCAAACGUUUUUGCUGUUCUCUUCAACCUCAGUUUGCUGUCCCUAGUAGAAACACGGUGAAAAAGGAUAUUCUGGGUCUGUAUGGGGUUGAGAGGUCUAAAUAUCAUACCAUGAUUGAUGGAAACUUGGGCAGAAUUUCAGUGACUACUGAUUUGUGGACUGCCACAAAUCAGAAAAUGGGGUAUAUGGCUGUAACUGGUCAUUUUAUUGACAACUCUUGGAAGCUUCGUAACAUAAUGUUGAGGUUUAUGUAUGUUCCAGCCCCUCACACUAGUCAAAGGCUAGCUGAUAGGUUGUUUGAUUCACUUCUUGAUUGGAACAUUGAUGGUAAGUUGUCCUCAAUCACACUGGACAACUGUACCACCAAUGAUUCAAUGAUAUUUCAUAUGCGAAAUAAGCUUGUGAGCAGUGAUCUGUUGCUUGAUGGGAAACUGAUUCAUAUGAGGUGUUCAGCUCAUAUUUUGAACUUGAUUGUGAGGGAUGGUUUGGAUGCAAUCAAAGAUGCUAUACAUUUGAUUAGGGAGAGUGUAGUUUACUGGAAUUCUACACCUAAGAGGGUUCAAACCUUCUUCGAAGUUGUUAAGCAACUAAAGUUGACAUUUGAGAAAAAACUGGUACUUGAUUGUCCAACUAGAUGGAAUUCCACAUACCAUAUGCUCUCUGUUUCUCUUCAAUAUAAGGAUGUUUUCUUUCGUUUGAGCUUGAGGGAAAGUCAAUACACAUCUGUUCCUUCUAGUUCACAUUGGGAAUUUGCAUUUGUUGUGAUUGAUAAGCUGGAAAUAUUUUCUGAGAUAACUCAGUUAUUCUCUGGUUCCAAGUAUCCGACUGCCAAUCUUUUCUUCCCAAAGAUUUGUGACUUGAGAUUGAAACUGAAUGAGUGGGGUCUUGAUCCCAACCCUGUGAUUUUUGGAAUGGCCAGUCAAAUGUCUGAGAAGUUUGAUAAGUACUGGGAUGAUAUCCAUCUUGUACUUGCUGUUUCGGUUGUUUUGGAUUCUAGAUAUAAGCUCCAUGUGAUUGAAUACUAUGCUGGGAAGUUUGGGAGUAUGGAAACUGACUUGGUUAGUGAGAAUAUCAAGAAGAUUAUUUGUGGUUUGAUUCUUGAUUAUCAAGCCAAAGCCGAGAAGAAGUCUGGUUCUGAAACUGGAACUUCUUCUGCUAGUUCUGGAUCUGUCUCGACUACUGAACUUGACUUUGAGCUCUUUGUAAGUCAAAGGAAAAAGAGCAAGAGUUCUUUGAUAACUACUGAGUUGGAUAUGUAUCUUGCUGAGGAUAUUAUUCCUCGGACAGCAGAAUUUGAUCUACUCUUAUGGUGGAAACUGAAUGGUCUCAAGUAUCCCACCUUGCAAGCAAUUGCAAGGGACUUUCUGGCAAUCCCAAUUACAUAUGUUGCUUCUGAAAGUGCAUUUAGUUCUGGUGGGAGGUUGUUAGACCCUCACCGGAGCAGGCUUCAUUAUUCCACUGUUGAAUCAAUGAUGUGCACACGAAGUUGGAUUAUGGAAGACAUGCAACGAGGUAACAUGCAACUAAAUCUCUAA